CUGCUUCAAAACAUAUUCGAAGAGAUGCAGUUCUGAAUUGUUUCAGUAAGAAGAGGACACAUGGUGGAGAGAAAUAAAAAAGAAUUUGAUUCUUUAAAUUAUUCUUGACUUUUUCAUAUUUCAAAGACUUGUUUUCAUGGACACUGCUGGAGAAGAUUCUAAAGCUCUUUUUUGCUGUAUUUUUGGGUGAUUAUACCACUAAAAGCUAAAAGGACUGAGCUGUGGACCCUCACCGUUUUUCAAAAAACUGAAUCUCCAGGAAGUCAAACAGAGGGAUUGUUUGCAAAGUCAAAGCUCUGUCUUGUGAAUAUUGGAUUGGACACAUUCCACAAGCUGACAAUGCCUGUGAUUGUUUUGGAAGCCCGAGACUUCACCAGUCCACUGUUUUUGGUGAGAACAUUGGAAGUCUUCUCUAGCUGCACAGCCUUCAGUCUUGUGGCCUCUUUGGACCAUAAAAACUCAAACAGUUCAUCUUAUCCUUCAUCGGACACAUUCAGGAUCUUCUGUAUGUUUACCUGGUGUUUCUUCUUUGUGAUCACUCUCCUCAUACACAUUAUCAGCAUCAUCCAGUUCCACAGCCUCAUCCCAAUAUCCUGGAAGAACCUGACCAUGACGGUGGCACUGUUGGGAGUGUUGAUGAAUCUCAGCUCCACUGUGGUUUUUCCCUGGAUAGUCAUGGAUCAUGGAACUGUGUCUCCACGUGCUUUGGCUGCUACAGUGGCUUCUGGUUUCACCUUCAUGGCCUAUGUCUCCGAGUCCUGUGUUCUUCGCUCCCAAGCGCACGAACAAAGAGGCUACAUAGGCACCUUGCCUGGUUUCCUUAAGAUUAUCCAACUUUGGGGGGGAUUGAAGAUGGUCCCUCUGAUGGUGAUAAUCUCCAAUUUCACGACUGGAGUACUUUGGCAGUUUUGGAUAUCUUGCGUCUCAUAUGGCAUUUGCAUCUUCAUAUCACUCGUCAUCCUGGUGGUGAUACUGGGAGACUUUGCUGGGCGAUGCCUCCUGCCUUUUGACAGGUUUUUGGCUGCCUUCAGUUUGAUUGGGGUGCUGCUCUACAUGUUGGCCACUGUUAUUUGUUUGACCAAGAUACUGCAGCUGAGUGAGACGGAAUCCAACCCAAAUAAUCUCAAUGUGCUCAUCAUGGAAACAGUGGUUUCCAGUGCCACACUGUUAGCUUACACAGUGGACCUUGCCUUUUCCAUCAAACUGUUAUGUGACAGGAGUCACAUAUGAAGCUGGUUGUGAUGUUUAUGACUGAUUUUCGCUACAAAAACAUAAUAGAAAAGCAAUCAGAGUGAUUCAGGUUUUGCUCUUAAUCAUUGCUGUCAUGUCAAACUGUCUGACAUGUUUGACAUGACAUGUCAUGUGAUAUCACAAUCAGGUCACAAUCAUGACCUGAUUGUGACCAACCACAAUCAGGUCAUGAUUGUGGUUGGUGUGUCACCACUGGUGGUAUUUUGGGUUCCUCCCCUGGUUCUCAUGAGACACUUUAGUAUCAACAAUUUACAAGUUAAAAACUAUGGGCUGAUUAAGUGAUUUAAUUGUUACUGAAACCCUGAACCAUCUUUAUGUCCUUAAAAAAAUCAGGACAUAGCUAAUCAAAAGCUCACAAAUCAUGACUAACUAUAAAAAUUACGAUUUUUAGGCAAUUAAUAGGAAUAAGAUUAAAAUCUAACUUCUGACACUGCCAAAAGUUGGAAAAAUACUGGAAAUGUACCUGGGGAAAAAAAAUCAUAUUCUUCAUAUUUUAGUCAACAAAAUUUCAGUAAAUUUCCUUUUCCUAGGAAAAAAAACUUCCUUAAGUAAAACUUAAUCUGUCAAAAGAAAUUCAAAUGUAAUGUAAAUUCUACUGCAAAGUAAAAUUUGCAAUAAAGGCAUAGUCACUGCAUAAAACUGUCUUUUCCUCAGCUGAGUCCUCCCACCAAACAUGUGCUAAUGAUCUACAGAAGAUGUGUAUUUUAUGAUGAAAGAACUGAAAAUAAUUAAAAAGGGCAAACACUGGAUUCAGAGUUGUGCUGUUGUGCUAAGGUUUUUGCUAUCUUUUGACAGAUGUCUGAUUAAUUCUAACUUAGGUGCAGAUUCUCAACCAUUUCAUCACACUGAACACUUCUCCAAAGUCGAGUAAGCCUAGUCUGGUUUACCAAGUAGUAAUUAGUGUCGUAUUAUAAUUGUACAUUAUCAAUUUUGGUUUGAUUGAGCUCUCAAAGAUGUCCAAGAUUGAUGUUUUCUAAGGUGAAAUGAAAGGCUUGAGAACUAAACCUCUGAACUAACUUGUAGAGUUUCACUAAGCGCUGUAAAAGGGAUUGGUUUUAUUGUCCUAAAAUAAAUAUGUGUCAUGCUGCCUUAAACUGAAACUGAUUGUGGAAAUGUCUUACUUAAGUGUAGUUGCCAUCAAAAACCACUAGAUGGCAAGAAAACAGCAUGAUCUCAUAUCUUUUAAGCUUCAUUUGAACAUGUUGAAUGUCGUUCACAUCAAAAUCAUUGUUUAUCAUAUAAGACUUUUGAUCAAUAAAUUGUCAAACUUUAAAAUAA